ACAUUUUGCGGUAACUCAGGAAAAGCUGAAUGCGGAUGUAACUUGUUUUUGUUUUUCUUGAUGGGCAGAGAGCACUCAGGUGAAAUAUGAUAAGACAAUGGAUUAAGACUAAAAUGUGGAGUAAAUAGCAGCUGGCUGUGUUAAUCCCACCGCACCCUCAGCUGAGGACGCUGGUUUUUGGAGCUUGGCUGCUGGGUUACGUCGUCUUCCUGCUCUCCAUCAGGAGGAUGUGGACGGGGAAGUACGUCCGCAGUCCUCUGGCCCGUUCGCUCUUUCAAAACAUGGUGAGCGAGAACGAAGGUGCCGCGAUUGAGACACAAGAGUGGUACCGGUGCGGUCCUGACCUGCUCGGAGAAUCUGUGCGACCCCUGUUUGUGCAGAGCCACCUGGACUCUGGCACCAAGGCUUUUCUCAAGCGGAGUGUGGAUAAGUCUGGCUUGCUGUUCACCCAGCUUUACCACUCUUUUGUAUCAACAUUCCUCAGCCCACUGGUCUCACGCACCUCCAUUAACGGGUUUCUGGGUCGUGGCUCUAUGUUUGUGUUUUCUCCGGAGCAGUUCCAGCAGCUGCUCCGGAUCGACCCCGACUGGAGUGCUGAGAGACUCCUGGACCUCGGCGCUGGGGAUGGAGCUGUCACGGAGGUGAUGGGAGCACAUUUUAAAGAGAUCUACGCAACUGAGGUCUCUCCACCCAUGAAAUGGCAUCUUCAGAGGAGGAAUUACAAAUUGCUGGGUAUCGAUGAAUGGCAGCACACUGGUUUCCAGUAUGAUAUGAUCAGCUGUCUGAACCUGCUGGACCGCUGUGACGAUCCCCUCCAUCUUCUGCGGGACAUCAGGCUGUCGCUUGUUCCCAACACAGGGAGGCUCAUCCUGGCUGCAGUGCUUCCCUUCCAGCCUUAUGUGGAAGUCGGAGGAAGAUGGCAGCGUCCCAAAGAACAUAUCAAAGUAAAAGGAAAAACAUGGGAGGAGCAAGUAACCAACAUGUCCAAUGAGGUUUUCCAAAGGGCGGGGUUUGAGGUGGAGGCUGUGACCCGGCUGCCAUACCUCUGUGAAGGGGACAUGUAUAAUGACUACUACGUUCUCGAUGAUGCAGUGUUUGUUCUCAAGGCCUCAGAGGAUAGGUCGGAGUCUGCUUGAAUACCAAAUGCACUGUGGGACUGUCUGCAGCAUGGUUGGAUUGUAGUGUCAUUUUCAUAAGCAGUGUUUCUGACAGCAUUUCUUUAGAAAUGGUGAGUCGGCUGUGAAGCUCAGGUACUGUAGGUCCUACAUUUACCGUCUUGUGUGAUGGUGAUACCUCUACUUUUUAAGCAAAAAACAACAACUGAAUGGCAGUUUGUCUCUAUUGAAACGCCACUGAAGAUCAAAUUCUCCAAGACAUAUCACCAUGCUGUAGGUGUUUGUUCUAUAAAGUCUGUUAUCUGUGGGAAGUGUUUACUGUUAGUGUUUCAUCAAUCUGUAAUGUCAGUGGAAUCUUUCUUUAAUUAUUUCAGUUUCUAAUUCCAAGGAUCAGUGUGGGCAUGUACAUCCUCGAUUCAAUCAUUGUGAAUUGGGCUUUUUGUAUUUUAAUGUUGUUGUUUUUAACUUGCUGACAAAUGAGUACUGACAAAAAAUAAUACGAGGCCUUGUUUAAGAGAGUCUUUGUAACUUAUUGUAUGUUGAACAGCGGCUUUUAUGGAAUAAUGAUUGAGGCUGCGUUCAUCCCUAACCUGUGUGGUUCAGUUAAAUGGACUCAGUGCAGUUCUUUUGGGCUGGUGUGAAAGCUGUCAAUUGAACCCUGAUGCGGACCAAACGACCGAACCGAGGCCGUCUGAAAAUGCGUGUCUCAGCUCUGUAGUGCUGUUCGUUUGUGGAGUGAACACGAGUGAACCAACCACAGGAUUUUGCGACAGUAGAAAUAACGGUAAAAUGCUGUCAUAGUUUAACAGGGACAUUUGUUACAGUGUACCUGUGACUACACGCUGCAGUGUCAUGUUGAGUUAAUUGCCUGAACUUCUGCAACACUACGAAAUAGCAACAACUCUAGAAAAUGUAACAUACAAUAGCACAAUAGCUAUUAAUUAUGUUAUCUGCUUUAAUGUUGGCUAGCUAGCUCAUCAGGGCUCCAUAAAACAGUUGUUGUCUAAGAGUAGAUAUAGGCUUGGUUGUUAGACGUGAGCUUUCCAACAGCGAGCCAACAAAACAGCAACAAAGUAAACCUUAACAAAUGUUCCAUCUUCCAUCAGGGACUCCAACAAAGCUGGGGCCAAGUAGAGGACACCCUCCCUCCCACUGCCUGCUGGUCUAAGGCCAUAUAUUGCAUCCAUCUGGUCGAACCACUCAGGCGUUGUAGUCCUUGUAAUCACGUUUAAGAUUUUUAAACGUUUCCCUACACCAGGGGUAUUGAAUUCAUAUUCAGAGAGGUCCUUCUUUAAGUUUCUUCCCAGCAAAGGUCCAAACUUCAUGUCUAAAUUGCGUCCUAUAGCCUACCCCUACGUAUAUACAAUAUCAACAAUGUGAAUUUCCAUAUCAGUUCAACAACAUUUAUUGUCGAUUUUCAAAAGUAGAUUACAAUCAACAAACGGACACAUUGACUCCGUAUGGAACAACGCUCUGUGAAGAUCAUUCAUUCUCAUUAAUGUAUCAGAAAUCGGUCCUGGGUCCAGACCGCGGUCCGCCAAUAGGUGGUGUCACCUUACACUUUUGGAAUGGCUGUGGGUAACUGUGUGCAGCCAACAGUUGAGGGACUUCUUGGCAGUCCUUCUCAUUACAUCGUCUGGCAGGUUGCCACGUUUUAAUGGUUGCGUCUGGAUCAUGAAUCUUGGCUGCGCUUGUUGCUGUGGUCUGGAUUCUUGUGAUGAUUCUCUCUGACCAAUCAGUGGUGAGCAGUGUUUUAACUCCACCUUUUAGUAUCGGCUCAGCUCGCUUGGAACCUUGACCAAGGUGAUACCAAAAAGUACCAGGUACCAACUUUUGCCAAUGAAAAACCAUAAAAGAAUGUUUCCUGUCAAGCCGUGCUGUGCUGUAACGUAUAGUGGAAAUGUGGCUUGUUGCUACUUUGUCUGAUGUUGAUGAAAACAGAUCCUAGAUAUCAAAACAAUGAUCCAAAAUAGACUUUGAGUCUCCGUAGCGCUGAGGGGGACUUCAAAGUUGCACCUUUCACAUUACAUGUUGUAAUUUGAUAAAUUGAUUGGGAUGUAAUGCUAAAGUGUAAUGUAAUUGUAUUAGAAAAAGCCAUAAAGCUGCCAAACUGACUGUCAGUUACACAGCAAUAUCUAGCUAAAGUUGACCAACAUUAGCAACCAUAAGCUAUAUUGUAUUGCUUUUGAAAUCAAAUUUUUAUUUGUAAGAGGAAGAUGCUAUUAAUCAAAAGUUACAAAGAUUAUGGUCUCACUUUUAAGCAAUGUUGCACAAUGGACUAUUAAAAAUGUGCCACAAUAAAUGCAAUAUUUGUAUUAAAAGUAUACUAUGAAUUCCAGAAUAAAGAAUUAACAUAA